AAAAUAGUAAUCACACAUUUUAUUUUUGUAGGCCCCAAAAAUGUUCGUAGGCCCUAGGCACAAUGCCUAUAGUGCUUAUGCGCCAAUACGGCCCUGUCUGAUCUAAGAAGACCUUCUCUGACUUUUAGUCUAUAUUAUUAUUCAUUAUGACUAGAUUUUAUAUUAUCUACAGCCGGUGAUUACAUUAUUUAUAUUGUGAAAUGGAAUUCUAUUAUCAUUCAUUAUCAACACUGAAGUAGAUUAUAGAUACAGACGCACAGCUUGUAGACAUUACAGAUUUUCUAAAUUUAUAAAUAAUAACAAAUAAUUAUGUUAAUCGCGAUCACUGGGCACAGCAUUAUUGUGCAUACUGCAUAGACUAGCGUACCUACUGUCACCGUGUUAAUUUUAUUACGUGUUACUGUACUGCUGUCUGAAGAUAACAAUCUGUCGUGUAUUGACUACAUAUUAGCGUUUGUAAUUUAACUCUGUAGAUAUACUUUGCACAGCUAACCAAGUGUAGUUUUUGGUUACACAGUGUUUAAUUUUUGAACUCAAAUCUAGUGCGUUUAGACUUUUUAAAUACAAUUUAGUUUCCAAGUCGGUUGUUCAUCAUGCAACACAAUAAUGCAAAAAGCAUAAUAUUUUAUAAUGGGUUGACUGAAAAAUCCUCUUGUGGUUACUGUAAGAAAGACAAUUCUAGCUAUAGCAAUGGCAUGUGGGCUUCUAGUCUUACAGUAGAAGCAUACCAAGAUAUGAUUGAUCGUGGGUGGCGACGUGCUGGCAAGUAUUGUUAUAAAUCAAUCAUGGAUAAGACUUGUUGUCCACUUUACACUAUCAGAUGUGAUGCUUUAAAUUUUGAGAUAUCAAAGUCACAGAAAAAAAUCAUAAAAAGAGUGACUGCAUUUUUAAAAAAUGGAGAAUAUGAAAAAAAUCCAAUAAAUACUGAACAAGCUGAAAGAGAACCCCUCAUGAAAUAUGAAGACAUACAAAAUCAUGAUGAUAAAAUGAAAAUUACUAAUAGUGAUUAUUUAUUUGAUGAAGAACAAAGUACUUCUGAUAUUGGUUCAAGUGAUAGUACUUUAGUUAUUACAAAUAAAGAAGAUAGUAAAAUGGUUGUACCUCUUAAUUUAAAUUUCAACGUUGAAACUCAGAAAGAAACUAAAAAAGUUAAACCAGGUAAAGGAGCUGAUCCAAAUUUGCCGAGUUCAAAAAAAAAAAAGUUUUUACGCAUUCAAAAAAAACUAGCCAAGGAUCCAAAUUUUGUACCUAAAAUCUCACCUCCUCAACAAAAAUGUUUAGAAGAAUUUAUUGCUGAAAAUGAUUCAGUAUAUACUGAUGGGGAUAAAAAAUUAAGAGUGUCCUUGGUCAAGACCGGCACAGAAGCAUUUUCUCAAACUUUCACUGCUGGAGCUACCCUAUUUGCCAAAUAUCAAAUAACUGUGCACAACGAAACACCAGAUGACUGUAAUAUGGAGCAAUACUUAUCAUUUCUUGUUGAUUCACCUUUGAAGGCAGAAAAAUCAAAUCAUCCCGAUCAUCCUGGGUAUGGUUCAUUUCAUCAACAGUACUGGCUUGGUGAUAAACUAAUAGCUGUUGGAGUAAUAGAUAUCUUACCAAAGUGUGUAUCAUCUGUCUAUUUAUUUUACGACCCAGACUAUCAUCAUAUGGUGUUAGGAACUUACAGCUCUUUAAGGGAGAUAUGUUUAGUGAGACAAUUGCACAACAUGUCACCUGAUUUGAAGUAUUACUAUAUGGGCUAUUACAUACAUUCAUGUCCAAAAAUGCGCUAUAAGGCAAAGAUUCGUCCAUCUUACCUAUUAUGCCCACUUAAAUACACAUGGCAUGCAAUUGAAAAAUGCAUUCCGAAACUUGAUGAUAAAAUGUUUUCAAUAUUCAACGAGUCUGAUGAUACUCAAGAAGAUGAUAUUUUCACAAUAGAUAAUAUUCUAGUUCUAUAUCGUGGUUCAUUGAUGCCUUAUUCAGCGUACAAAAUAAUUGGUCGUAAGAAACAUCAAGAUGAACAAGUUAUUAAAGAAUAUAAAAUGUUAGUUGGACCUAAAUUGGCACGACAAUUAAUUUACUGCAUUAUGGAUUAAUUAUCAAUAGUCAACUAUAUAUAAUACAUCGAUCUGAAAUUUUUAACAACUUUAAAUAUUGUUUGUUUAAAAAUGUAUAUUAUAUUUAAUUUUUAUUGCCUUUAUUUUAAAACUAACACACACAUAUAUAUAUAUAUAUAUUUAUUUAUAAUUGUCAAUCAUAUAAAUGAGUAUAAUUAUUUGAAACCAUAAGUUUCUUUAUAAUUUUAUAUCUUAUUUGCUAAUCUUGUAAGCGUGUCUUGAGCUUUUAAAGAGUUUCUGAAAAUAAUAAUUAAAAAUAUGUAUGAAAUUUAAGCAAACUCUUGGUUCAACUAGAGGAUACUAAGUAUAGAACACUUAUUAUUAGAAGCUCUUAUAUUGUAACUUGAAGUUAGCAAAAAUAAUUACUUAUCAUGUAUAUUAUAUUACACGUAUUAUUUGUAUCAAGAUAAUAUUACCUACACAGAAAUGUA